AUGAAAUUCUCUGCUGUUCUCCUCGCUGUCUCCCAGGCCGCCAGUGUCGCUGACCUCAACCGACAAGUUGUAUCUGCCCAAAACGAAAUCACCAAAGGCGCCCGCUCUGAUGGAAAUGCUCUCUUGAUCCAGCUGCUUCUUGAAUUCUACUUGGACGAUGCGGGGCACAAUACUAAUCGAGCUCCACAAAUGCUCAACUACGGAUGCUUCUGCCAACUUCUCGAGACCCGAAGAGUUGGACUUGGAACUCCUGUUGACGGACUCGAUGAGAUUUGCCAGCGAUAUCAACGAUGCACCCAGUGCGUUGCCCACGACCAAAGCGGAAGCACAGUAAAUGUCGAGGGCGAACAACUCGCUUGCAACUGGGAGAACGGCCGAUACGAAAUCUCAUUCGACUCCGGAACUGGAAGAGUCAAGUGCGGCGGCAACGGACCUUGCGGCACAAAAUUGUGCACCUGCGAUGACGAGCUUGCUUUCGAGCUCGCUGCUAAUUUCGACCUCUUCGAAACCGCCCAUUCUUCCCUUCGAGGAUUCGAAUUCGAGGAUGAAUGCCUUCCUUCCUCCCCACCAAACGGAACUGGCAUCCGAGGAGAACUCCAGUGCUGCGGCGACUAUCCUAAUCGAUUCCCUUACCACGACAAGAACGGCGGUCGUGACUGCUGCGUCGACAAGGUCUUCAACACCGACGAGAAGCAAUGCUGCAAUUCCGGCUCUUUGGUCCUCAUCGGCGAAAGCUGCUAA